AUGUCGGCCAGUAACCAGCAACAGCAAUCACAGAUACAGCCGCGUAUAUCAGCACCUAACACGGCCAUGGCUGAGAUCGUUGUUGGACCCAAGGCAAAACGCUUCACUGUGCAGCUCAACCUUAUCGUCUACUACUCGCCCUUCUUUUUCGCUGCCCUGAAAGGUCCCUUCAAAGAAGCCAAAGACAAAGUCGUCACCCUACCCGACACUGAGGCGAAGAUCUUUGAGCUAUUCGUCCAUUGGCUGUGUCAUCAACGCUUUCCUACGCAGGUGGACUCUCCCCGAAUACUCGCGCUCUACCACCAGGACGACUACCCAUACUUCCAAUCCGCUAGGCUGAUGAAACUCUACGUGUUCUCUGACAAGUACAAUGUCCCAAAGCUGAAGCGACAGUGCCUAGAUGCGCUAUUCGAGCAUAUCGGCGAUGCAACUGGAUAUCAACUGCCGGAUCUAAACGACGUCGCCUACGCGGUCAAGAACUUGAACGAUCAGGAUCCGCUUCUUCGCAUGAUCAUCGACGGCUUCUGCUACCACGGUAACAGUGAGUGCUGGGAAACUAGCCAGAUCAAGAAUUUGCCGCUUCCUUUCAUAGCAAAGCUCAUGAAACAUAUGUCCGAGUUUCGCGAUGGUGGUCUCGAAGACAUGAGAGAACCUGAGUUGUGCCACUAUCAUGGUCAUGCAACGAGAGAAGAGAGGCAGAUAUGCGAGAACAGGCGGGAGAGGGAGGAGCAGGCGAGAGAGAUGAUGGAGGAUUGA